UGGGGGUGGGGCCGCCCCCCUGUCCCUCUGCGCUGUCCCCUCCGCUCGCGGGGUGUCCCCCCUGCCGCCCCCACCAUGCUCUUCUGGCACGGCCAGCCCGACCACUGCUGGCCCAGCGCUGGGGACAUGUACCCCGUGCCCGGCCCGGGGCCGCUCAGGGACCCCCCCGUGCUGCCGUACCUGAAGCAGGAGGAGCCCGGCGCCAUCUCCACGUCGCAGCCGCCGCUCCCCGCGUUCCAGUACCUGCUGUGCGCGCCCACCUCCCCGGCCGUGCGGCUCCACGAGGAGACCCUCACCUACCUCAACCAGGGGCAGUCGUACGAGAUCCGCAUGAUGGGAGCGCCCCGGGGGGACCCCGCCGAGGGCCGCAGGGUGGUCAAGAGCGUGGUCCGCGUGGUUUUCCACGACCGGCGCCUGCAGUACUCGGAGCAGCAGCAGCUCGAGGGCUGGCGCUGGAGCCGCCCCGGCGAUCGGAUCCUCGACAUCGACAUCCCGCUCUCCGUGGGGAUCCUGGAGCCCCAAAUCCACCCCACGCUGCUCAACACGGUGGAAUUCCUCUGGGACCCCUCCAGGCGCACCUCCGUGUUCGUGCAGGUUCACUGCAUCAGCACCGAGUUCACGCUGCGGAAGAACGGGGGGGAGAAGGGGGUCCCGUUCCGCAUCCAGAUCGACACCUUCGGGGCGGGGGGCAAGGGGGACCCCCCCGAGCACCUGCACUCCGCCAGCUGCCUCGUCAAGGUGUUCAAGCCCAAGGGCGCCGAUAGGAAGCAGAAGACGGACCGGGAGAAGGUGGAGAAGCAGCCGGCGGCGGAGCGGGAGAAGUUCCAGCCGGCCUACGAGAGCACCGUGCUGGCCGAGUGCCCCCCGUGGCCGGACGCGCUGGGUGCCCCCCACAGCCCCCCGGGCACCCCGGGGCUGCCGUCCCCGCACCCCUUCAAGCUGCUGAGCCCCGAGAGGGUGUGCGCGUCCCCCGCCUGCGCCUCCGAGGGCCCCGCGGAGAGUCCCGGCGAGCCCCCCCAGGCGCUGAGCCCCUGCGCAUCGCCCCUGGAGACGCAGCAGUGGCUGCUCCGGCGCCGCUUCUCCACCUGCGCCCGCGUCUUCGCCAACUUCAGCGGCGCCGAUCUGCUGAAGCUCUCCCGCAGGGACCUGAUCCAGAUCUGCGGAGCCCCCGACGGGAUCCGCCUGUGCCACGCCCUGGCGGGCAGGUGCCCGCGGCCCCGGCUGACCCUGUACGUGGCACGGGAGCCCGGAGGGGCUGAGGGUGCGGAGGAUGCGGGAUCAGGGCUGUACCAGGAGCUGCACCUGCAGCUCCUCACCGCGGCCGAGCUCUCCGCGAAGCUGGCGGAGCUGCUGGGGCUGCCCCCGGGGCAGAUCCUGCGGCUCUCCCGGCAGGGACCCGCCGGCAUCCACGUCCUCGUCAGCGACGCGAUGAUCAGGAACCUCCAGGACGAGACGAGUUUCGUGGUGGCGAUCGGCAAAGCCCCCGGCCCCGACGGUUUCCAGCUGCUGCUGCGGUAGGAGCGGCCCCGGAGCUGCGAGGGGAGAUCUCCGCUGGAACCGGGGCCGUGCGGGGACGGGGAGAGGAGCCCGAGGCCGGCGCAGUCCCGGAGCUCUCCCUGCGCCCCUGCCGGGCCCCCCCGAGGGGAUGGGACCCGUCCCGUCCCCGCAGCCGCCGCGGGUCCCUCCCCGUGUCCCCGCUCUGCAUUAAAGGACCCGGGAGCGGC